AUGAAGAUGGAACAACGGUACUUUUACGUGGCGUUCGUGGCCUUGCUCUUGCCACAUGAGGCUGCUGGAUAUGAGGCGAUAGGCGAAACCAACUCCGCCGUGGACUCGCUUCAGAGACUGGAGGCGCAUCUUGUCAAGCUGAAAGAGGAGUCGGUGCAGAUGCACCGCGCUGCUACAUCUCUGCGUCGUGAGGCCACCGCCAACGUGGCAGGCGCGACCCCCUGGACACUGGGCUACUUUCACCACGGCGACUUCUACCCGCUCGUGUCCGCCCACCAGGAUUACGGUAGAUCUACAAUUCCAGCUUGGGAUGGUGCUGCUCGUGGUUGGCGCAGAUACACACGAGAAGUUGCCUGGUACGUGCAGAGCACCGCACCGCACAAAAGGAGACAUGUCGCUGCGACCUUGAUCUCGAAGCUCACCGGCCCCGCUCGACUCCUGGCAAUGUCAUGGCCGAUGACGAUGUUUGACCAGGAGGACGGGACCCGCGUUUUUCUGCAACGGCUUGCCAGAAGCCCCCUUGUCAGAAAAUCACUUCCGAAUGCAGCGGCGAUCUGUCAGCAGUACUUCAGCUUCAAGCGCAGUGCGGGCGAAAGCAUAGGCAACUUCCUGGUGAGAGAGACUUUGGUGCAUGAGGAGUUUGUGGAGGCCAUCCACCGACUUUACGAGGAGCAGCACGGCAUUGCCCAGGACCAGCGGGACUUCGGCCUUCCUCCGGCAGAGAGGCGCGAUAGCUGGUGGUAUGAUGAGAGCAGCUGGUAUGAGGAUGACGAGCAGCCUGAUGAGCAUGGUCGUGAAGAAGGAGAUGUGGGCGAAGGUAGUCCUGAAGGUGAAGGACCUGCCACUCGACCAGAUGGCGGUGCCACGCCAGCCAAUGCCGAUGCUGGCACUCGGGCCUCGGCUGGGUCAUCCCCCAGUCGUCGCAGCGUGGAGCCAGAAGCUCAGGAAGUGGUUGCCGCAGCACCAGGCCCUCUUGAUGAGCUGAGUAUCGCAGACUCAUUCCUGCUUGGUGUCCUCCGAGGAUGGCGGUUGUUGCAAGCUGCAGGACUCAGUGCCGAGGAGAAGCGUGACAUCCUCAGCACAAGCAAGAACUCCUUGGAGUACGAGGUGAUUGCGGCAGCGCUCCAGACUUUGUGGGAUGAACAGCUUCUUGGCCAUCGAGGGUCGCCUCAUGCCGGUGGCCAGUUUCACGCCAACUUCAUCGAUCACAAGGACGAGGACCACAUGCACUACCAGAAUGCCAUGGAUGAGUGGUGGUAUGAAGACGACUGGUGGUACGACGACGCCUACGUGGAGAAUGAUUGGUGGUCUGAUCAAGAUUGGCAAACUGGCAAUCAUGAUGGUAUGCAGGCCCUUGAAGAGUCUCCUGACCCCGAACACCAGGAGAAGCUUCGUGAAGCCCAACAGGCCGAAAAGGUUGCCGAAAGCCUGGCGAUGGAGGCGCAGAGAACGUGGUCUGACGCCCAGAAGGUGACACAGGCCUUGAGACGUGACCGUGGGUUUGGGUCUCCCUCAAAUUCCACGGGCCAUGGCCUUCGCUGCUACAACUGUGGCGGCCAGCAUCUCGCUCGAGAAUGCCCUGAUCGUCGACAUGCGGGCAUGGACGACGAGUACCAGUACUACAUUGGCAAGGGCAAGGGCAAAAACAAGGGGAAGCGAGGCAUGUGGAUGGAAGGUCAGUUCAUGUCGAACAAGGGCAAGGGGAAGUUCAAGACCAAGUCCAAGGAUGGCAAUCGAUCGGUGAAUGCGUACAUGGCGCAGGACUUCUUCGUCGGUGGCAUGGAACUGAGAGAUUCAAAGGAGCUUCACUCCGUUUCAGCGUCGGAGCCGCCCAAGCCAGAGGUCGGCAUGCUUGACUGUGGAGCGACAGCCUCCGCAGCCCCCGAAGCCGCUGUACAGUCCUUGCUAUCAGCCAUUGUUGCCCAGGACCGUAGUGCCAAGAUUGAGCUGGACCAAUCCUCGCGCCCGUAUUUCAGGUUUGGGAACGGCAAGUGGGGUAGAGCCUUGUGCAAGGUCACGAUUCGGAGCAGCCUAUCGGGAAGCGAACGUUCCUUUUCCCUCUACACACUUCCCAAUCCUGCGGAGUACUAUCAGUCAGGCUUUGACAAGAAUUCCUUAGUGCCCAUCUUGAUAGGAAUGGAUUUCCUGGGUCCGUUGGGAGUUGGAAUGUUGGUCGACUUUUCUACUGGCCUGUACAUGCUCUCCAAGGAUCCAGAACCUGAAAUCUUCCAGUUGAACGUCAACCGCAAGGGCCACUACACCUUGGACAUUGUGCAGUACCUAACUAAGGGUCUACGUUGCCUUGAUGGUCAAGCCCAUGUGAUAGUUCGAGAAGCAACUUCUAGUGAUUGUCCUCACAUGUCACAGCAAGUUCUUGAACUUGGGACAGCAUGGAUUGAUCUGACUGUGAGUGAUGCUGAGCUGCACAAUCGAGAGCUAGAGGAGCACAAGUUUUUUCGUCAACAUCCCCUCCGAGUUCCUCUCCUUGUGAUGGCAGCCCCUUCGAGCGCUCCCCAGGAGAUCGACCGCGAGACCGAGCAGAUCCUCACGGCGGCGGCCAAAGCGAAGAGUCGCGCCAAGCAGAGACCGAGGUCACUGGACACAACGCGAAGGAUCAAAGCAGACCAACGGGAUCCUCGCUCCCGGAAGGAUCAAUGGCCCUGCUUCGGAACGCAUCAGCCGGGACCACCGCAGGCCAAUCAGUGGGGUCAAUGGAUCCACUGCAGUUGCUGCGACCUUCGUCUUCUGUACACCCCCAGAAAGGGGUCACCUUCGAGCACAACCAUGACUGUGAACCACGUGAUGGUGAAGCAGAUGCUCAACGAGUUGCAGCAGAUCUUGGGGACCAUCAAGCCGACAGCGACGGUGUGCCACCACAUGAUGAACAAGAUCACGGCCGAGGCUGUCCUGAAUCGGUCCAUCGUGGAGCUGCGCAACCAGGCUGUGCCGGACACCUACAUCGCGACGACCGACGGCUACCACUCUCCGACCAACACCACAUGGGGAGUAGUCACGGACCCGGACGACGAGGUGGAACACCUGCCACUCUACAUGGGGAAGCGGUUGAUGGCCAUGGUGACCAUGAUGACUGCCACCAUGACGGCGCACCUUGUGGACCUGCAGCUGACAGGACGCGAUGGGCUGUGGGAAGUAGCAUGUGCACCACACAGCUGGCUGAGUGAAGCAGCAGAACAACAUGGACUACGACCACGGCGCAUCAACUUGGCCAGCGGCUACGACUUGUACAAGGAGGAGACCUGGCAACGACUUCGAGUUCUGAGGCGGCAACAUCAACCCCAACGCGUUUGGUUUUCGCUGCCGUGCACAAAGUGGUGCUCAUGGACGUCUGUGAACUACAACACCCCCGAACGACAAGCGCAACUUGAAACGGCUCGACGCAAGGAACGCCGUUUGCUUUGGGAAGUCAACAACUUCAUCAAGGACUGCCUCGAGGACAACGACUGCACCAAGUUCUACUUCGAAUGGCCAUAUCCAUGCUUUGGAUGGAAACAAGCUCCUAUGGAAGACCUAGCGAGGUACCUGGAGGAGCAUGGACAUUCAUGGUUGCAGUGCCGCAUUGAUGGAUGUAACUACGGGAUGAAGAACGAGGCUAGUGACCAGUUCAUCCAGAAGAAGUGGCUGAUCCGCACCAACGAUGAAGUUUUCCAUCGUGCCUUCCGAGCGAAAGUAUGUCCGGGCAAUCAUGGACAACAUGCGUCCAUUCAAGGGGCAGAGACGGCUCGCACUGCGUACUACCCCUGGAAGAUGGUGCAAUCCAUUGCUCGACACUGGCGUGAUCAAUUUGCGCCCGGACGUCAUCAACACCUGCUAUCCUUGAAGCAUGAUCUUCCCGCACUUCAUGACGAAGAGAUCGAAGUCGAAGAGACAGAAGAGUUUCUCGACGAGUUGAAAGAAACGUCGGACAUGGUCAUUGAGGACUACGAAGUUGCCACUACAAGCGCAGACAAGAUCGCCCUCGAGCACAUGGCAAGGGAAGCCCGGAUGCGUGGCAACUGGUCCCUGGAACAUCUCGGAACCAUUCUUCGGGAAGUGCCCAAGUGUGUCAAAGUACGGCAAGCUGUCCGGGAACAUGGUCGGGGCACCAUGUCAGGGGCCACAAGCCUCAUUCUUGGUGGUUACUCUCAUGGUGCUCAAGAGGGCAUCACCAAGAUCACCUCUGAGGUUCCUGAGUUGAUACAAUAUGUCAACGCCGUCCUGCAUCACUACGCGCCCCAAGAGACUUGGACCACAGUGAUGCUCAACUUCAACGUCCAAACCAGGCCCCACAAGGACCACCACAACUUGAAAGGGAGCUCCAACAUCCUCCUGUGCGUGGGGAACUUCUCAGGUGGUGGACUGUGGAUACAACAAGAACCUCAAGGUGGCGAAACACGAGUUCGUCGACGACUUCCUGACGGCAGUCUACCUGGUGGAGUGGUGAAAGAAACGUGUCACCGAGUGGUCAUCUUCGAUCCCACUACGACACACGCCACCCAACAAUGGAAGGGCGAGAGGAUUGGCAUCUCCGCUUACACCACUCGGAUGAUCCACAAGAUGUCGGACGCAAGGAGGGAGGAACUUCGACAGUAUGGAUUCCCAUUGCCGAAGAUGACGGAUGACCAUGUAGUCCUUGGUGCUGAAGUCAAGGAUAACAAGGUGCAGGACCCCCUUGGGAUCCCUCCGGAUGUCUCAAAAGAUGAAGUGGAAGCGUGGCGAGCAAAGAUCAGCAAGAUUCAUCGUGCCGCGGGUCAUCCGACCAACAAGAACUUGGCUCGCAUCGUUCGCGACGGUGGACAUGAUGAGUGGAAGGUACAGGUUGCACUACAUCAUCGAUGUGACGCAUGUGAUGCUCUGAAGGCAGGGAGCGUCAGCUCCGGAAAGAUUCCCCCAGCCAGUGUGACACCGGCCUACAAAGCGUGGCAGGCGGUGACGGCCGAUGUGGGUGAAUGGUAUAUUCCGGGGACCAAAAAGAAGGCGAAGUUCAUCCUCUUCAUGGACAUGGCGACGAAGCUGCGGGUGAUUCAGCCCUUGAUGAUCUAUGAGGUGAUGGCGAUGCAGAGCGAAUCCACUGAGGAAGUCAUUCAGGCCUUCUCAGAAAGACGGUUGGGACAAUACCCCAAGCCAGCCUUCAUCAUCCUCGAUGCCGCCUACAGUUUCGCGUCAGAGCGGAUGCAUGACUUCUUGGCCUCCGUCAAUAUACAACCACACUUCGUUGCAGACAAGGAGAGCUGGGCCCAUGGAACCGCUGAAGCAGCCGUCCAGGAUGUAAAACGAACAGCAACGGCUAUCCACCUGGAUGCCCUGGACCAGCACCCCUUUGUCUCUUUGCAGCUUACGGUUGCCUCCUUGAACUCCACCGAGUACACGGCUGGUUACUCUGCCUUCCAAUGGGCCUUUGGAAAGAAUUACGACAUCACCGAUGAGGACGUGCGCACAUUCAACUCCAUCCCCCAUGACGGACAAGAGGAGUACACAAAGUUGGUGACCAAUCGGCAAAAAGCUGAGGCAAUAGCACUGAAGACCAGGUCCCAGCGCAUCCUCUCCAAGCUUACCAACAGCACCGUGCGACAACCCCUGCGGACGUUCAAGGAGAUGGACCUUGUGAAGAUUUGGAGAAAAGUGUGGCCGCUAGACGUUCAUCAAGGACCCAAAGGUGGCUUCAAAGUAUCCGGACGACCACAUUGGAUUGGCCCUGGACGAGUGGUCUUCCAUGAAGUUCUGCCACAGCAAGAUCAAGGUGAUCAUCGGCGUCACAUCGUGUGGGUCUUGAUUGGCUCACGUCUUUACCGCUGCUCCGUGCAUUCUGUUCGGCCGGCAACGGAGGCGGAAAAGUUCGUCUACGAGACAUCAGAUCGAGAAGACUUCGCUCGAUGGAAGUCCCUAGCGGACAUUGUCCCUCAACGAGAAUACACGGACCUGAUGGAUGAGGAGCCUCUCGAGACCGACCGUGAACUUCCUGAACUACCAGCACAACCUGACGACACCACUGUGGUGAAGCCCAGUCGACGAAUUGUAGGCAAGAAGUCGCCUACCACCAUCGAUCAGGAGGAAGAACAGGGAACGAGUUCAUCGUCUACAACCAAGGCCAAUGUCUCCUCUACGACCAAAAAUCCGGCCGUUGUCGAGGUCAACGACUACGAUGACACUGCGGCAAAGAGGUCAAGGAAGGAAGACAACUGGGUGGAGGCCUUGUGCACGGAAGCGGCAAGGGAAGCAGAGUUCGACCUCUUCAAUGCCAUGGACGAGACCCAUGACUUCCUGAAGAUUGAGUUCAACCUGGAAGCACCCAAGUCGAACAGAGAGCGUAAACAACUUGAGCGCAAUCCGCAAGCCUAUAUGGUGAAGAAGAUGCGCGACUCGGAAGUGGUGCUCACCAAGCUGAAUCCAGCCGAGCGGAAGCUCUUUGGCCGAGCAAAGGCGAAGGAGGUGGACUCCUUUGUGAAGCAUGAAGCUGUCCGGAAGUGCCUUGAUGAUCGUGAAGUUCGACAGGCCUACGAGACGAACCGCAUCGUGAAGGCGAGAUGGGUAUUGACGUGGAAGUUGGUUCCGCCAGAGGAUCGUGAGGAGGCAAUUCAGGACGCCAACACCAACGACAACACCGUGCACAAGAAGGAUGGCAUGAAGAAAGCCAAGGCCAGGAUUGUGCUGCUAGGGUUCCAGCACCCGAGCCUGCUGGAUCCCAACUUCAAGACAGCAAGUCCGGUGCAAUCGACGUUGGGCAGGAACCUCCUCUACACCAUGUCGGCCCAACAUCAGUGGAUGCUGGAAGGACUGGAUUUGGCGACGGCUUUUCUACAAACGCAGCCGACAGAGGCCGAUCAGGAGCUGUGGACCUCGGGUGUUCAGGAGCUCAGAGAAGCCCUAGGCAUUGGAGAAGAGGCCAUCAUGCGUGUCCUUCGGAACAUCUAUGGCAGCACGACGGCACCACGAGGACUAUGGUUGGAUCUCCACAAGACACUCACCAAACUGGGUGCCACCCCAGUGAUGGGAGAAAGAUGCCUAUGGCGAUGGACCUCGAAGGACCGAAAGGAUCGCGAUCACAAGCUGACCAUUGGAGCAAUGGGUGGACAUGUGGAUGAUUUUCACCGCAUUGGAGAUGGAUCUGAAGAAUGGUUAGCGAUCAAGGCCUCAAUCGACAAGGCAUGCAAGUGGGGAAUGACCAAGCAAGGCACGUAUCGUCAUGCUGGUACCGAUGUCUCCACGACCACCGACGAGAAUGGCUUCCUGCGUAUCAGCGUGAACCAGGACUACUAUGUGGAGGCAUUGCCCGACUUGGACAUCAGCCCAAACAGACUUCGAACUGAGGCACCCUUGGAGCGAAAGGACAUGGAAGCCUGUCGUGCCAGUUUGGGCGCUUUGCAGUGGCUGGCUGUUCAGUCUCAACCGCAGCUGUGUGCACGCUGCAACCUCCUACUCACCGAGCUGGUAGUCAAUGGUUCGAUGUCUACGGCAAGGGAAAUUCAGGAGAUGAUUGGCGAAGUACGUCGAGAACCUUUUCGCCUAACAUUUCAACGAUUUCCAUCUGUCAAACAUUGGACAGACCUUGUCUUCGUCAGCAUGGGCGACCAGGCACACAACAACAGGCCCAAGGGCGAUUCCACUGGGGGAUACAUCACACUGGUGUCAGGACCAGAAUGUGACACCGGUGUUGUUUGCGCCAUGAAUGCCAUUGCCUGGCGGACAUGGAAAUUGAAGCGGAAAUCCAUCAGCAGCAACGAUGCAGAAGUUCAAGCAGCACUUGAAGCAGAAGACAACAACUUCCGAGCAAGAUUGUUGUGGAGUGAACUUCAUGCAGCUGGCGACCUGGACUAUGAGCAGCUUCAGCGCAAGGAUCCGGUGGAUGCCACGGAACGUCAGGUACUAUGUGUCAAAGGCAUAGUGUGCACCGACAGCAAGGGUGGAUACGACGCCGUGGAGCUGAAUGAGUCACCCCUGUUAGGGCUGAGCAACAUGAGAUCGGCCUUGCAGGCGUUCCAGCUUCGUGGAAACUUGGCUCGAGCAGCUGGAGUUCUUCGAUGGGUUGCCAGUGACUACGAUCUUGGUGAUGCCUUGACCAAGAAGAGAGCUGACUGCCGCCUGGGAUUGAUCAAGUUCCUUCGAUCAGGCCACUGGUGCAUCAAGUACGACCCCGCCUUCACCAGUGCCAAGAAAGCCAAGCAGCAAGGACGUACAGCCGUAGACACCGUAAAUCAGCAUUUGUACAGAAAGAAUGAGUCAUCACUGACAUCUUUUGGGGCUGGUGCAACAGAUAUGCCUCUCAGUGAUGUCUCAUGGGAACAUGUGGGGUUACUGCUGAACUUCUAG